CUGUAAAUACUUAAAACCAAACACUUGUCUCGUCUCUGAUCCACCACAGAAGCCUUUUUUCAUUCAGCUUUGACGAGAUGGGAUCUUCAGUCCCCUCCUCAGCGUUUGACUCAAAGCUGUCUAAGUGCGUGACAGGGAAUUCAAGUCUGCUUGCAGGCUGUGACUUGCCAAUGAGAGCAACUACGCCUACUGCUUAUGUGUUGAAAAGCUAGGUGUUACAGAAGCAUGGAUGCACACUACUGAGGAAGAACUGUUUCUCUCAAUGUGGGAAUGGUGCAUUAACAUACCAACAAUACAGAGGCUAGGAGAUUCAAGAUGGCCACCCUGAAUAACACCAGAGAGGCGAACGCGAGCAGUCCCUAUCGCUGCCACUUCGAAGAGGACUUCAAGUACAUCCUCCUGCCGGUCAGCUAUGGCCUGGUGUUUCUGGUGGGGCUGGUGCUCAACGUCCUGGCCAUGUACGUCAUCCUCUUCAGGACCAAGCGCUGGAAGUCCAGCACCAUUUACAUGUUCAACCUGACGGUCUGCGACACCCUCUACAUCCUGACCCUGCCCUUUCUCAUCUACUACUACGCUGACGAGAACGACUGGCCUUUCAGCGAGCCCUUCUGCAAGCUCAUCCGCUUCCUGUUCUACGCCAACCUGUACGGCAGCAUCCUCUUCCUCUCCUGCAUCAGCCUUCACCGCUUCCUGGGAGUCUGCUACCCCAUGCGCUCACUGCGGUGGGCCAGCGCUCGCUGGGCCCGGCUGGUGUCCGUCGGCGUCUGGGUGACGGUGCUGGGCUUCCAGGCGCCCAUCCUCUACUUCUCGCGCACACGGGAGUUUGGCGAGGAGAAGACGUGCUACGACACCACCAGCGCGGAGCUCUUCGACGACUUCCUGGUCUACAGCUCGGUCAUCUCGGUGCUCUUCUUCUGUGUGCCCUUCAUGGUGGUGAUGGUGUGCUACGGGCUGAUGGUGCGGAAGCUUCUGGAGCCCAGUGCGGGCGGGGCCAACUCACUGCGCUCCAAGCAGAAGUCGGUGAAGAUGAUCGUCAUCGUCCUGGCUGCCUUCAUGCUCUGCUUCCUGCCCUUCCACCUGACGCGCAGUCUGUACUACAGCUUCCGCUACCUGGAUGAAAAGAUCAGCUGCGACCUCCUGGAGGCGUCCAGCAUGGCCUACAAGGUCACCCGCCCGCUGGCCAGUGCCAACAGCUGCCUGGACCCCAUCCUCUACUUCCUGUCUGGGCAGGGCUUCCGCAGAAACCUCACCGUCGCCAGAAAGACCAAACAGAUUCGUAAAAGCACUGUGACGUCUUCCACCACCCAGCUUUGAUGGGAGGAGAGAUGAUGGAACUCCUGGACCCUCACCUUAAGGACCUGAGGGCUUGCCGUAGUGUUGGAACCAUGGCAAGUGCUACAAUGAGGAAGAACAAGAAGUUACAACAUGACAGACUUACAGACAGCAAAGAGGCGAAAGGACUGUGCUGUAAAUUGUACUUUAUCAACAGUGAUAACUUGUGAGUUCUCAUAUGGGUGCCUGUGACUGUCCACAAAGACAAAGGACAUGAACUUAGGAGGAGAUCAGAUAAUGAUGUAGAAUUAGUUGGGGAGAAGUCAAACUAACAUCCUAGCAAGCAUUCAAAAGCCACCAUGAUUAAUAGUUCACAAGCUAUGGGAGGAACACACAAGAUCACUGCUGACUUCAGUAGAAUAUUGAGACAGCCAGUAUCUGGUGGAGGUGAAUGCUGGCAGUCAGAGCCUGGCAAAAGAUGUUAUGUCAGUGGUCUAUGCUCUCUGUUCCAUAUAAAAUGUGUCAGUGUUCAUUUGUAUUUAGAUGGAAUGAGAGACAACCAGCCUGCAGAGGGAUAUAAAAUGAUGAAAUUUACCACCACAGUAAAUCAUGGUCGAGAAUCUAUUCCUGACCAUGCCAGCAUUGUCUGUGUUGAGCGGCUGGGCUGGCGUAGCAUUGCCCAGGAAGCAUGGGUUCCAAUGGGCAGGAUACCCCUGGGCUGAUCAGAAAGCUGGCAUUCCAUUACAUUAUUUGGCAGAUGCUUUUAUCCAAAGUAAUGUACAAGUGCAUACCGAAGAUCAUUGGAACAACAACAAAACACAGGUCCAAUAAGGUACAAUACUCAGUAUGUAACAGUAAUCCAUAGCCAUGAACACAGUAGGCAUAGGCUAGGUCAUAAAGUUAUGGUAAGUCAAACUAGGAAAAAUGAUGAUGUGCUACAACAUCAAGAUAACAAUACAAGUGCAGUAUAAGUGCUGGAUGGAGAUACAAGUGUAGCAUGAAGAGCUACAGGAACAAAUUAGAAGGAAUCAUGUGAUAAGUGAUAAGAACGAUCCUAGAUUGGGAGUGCCCUGCAGAGUAGUGAUAGUUACUCCAGGUACAGUCUGAAGAGAUGUGUCUUCAGACCAUGGCGGAAGAUGGGCAAUGAUCGAGUGGUUCAUAGAUGAAGGAGGAGUUUGUUCCACCACUGGGUAGCGAGGGUGGAUAAACUCUGUGGUUGGUACAAGCGAGAACCAUUCACCUGGAUGGCAGGGAGUGCAGGCCGCUCAGCUGGUUGAGCUGGUGUGUAAGGUUGCAUACCCUUGAUCGAUAGGGCUAUAUACGAGUAGUACAAAUAUCGCUAACAGAAAAUGAAACAUUUCAACACAUGCCAGUUCCUGCAAUGCCAACUCAUCCACUGCAAGCUCAAACUGGUUCCUCACUUUUGGAAUUUACAUGUGGGAAGUAAAAAGGAUGGCAUGAAUAAAUAAUCUGCUCAGAAAUAUUGUUCAGGGAAACAAAUAUUCAUUUCACAACAGAAAACAUUUUGAGUCUGGCAGCCUGUUUUGUGUUGAAUGCCCUUUUAAAUGGAAAUAUCUGUGGGUGAGACAUUUAUAUCAGUUUCUCUGUUGUGUGUGAAAAGGAACAGAAUGCUCUUUUAACUGGUGAAAUAGGUUGACUUUAAACUGAAAAUAUCUUAAUGUCAUCUUCUGUCAGCCCCCUCAAAUGAACAACAGAAGCUCCCAUUCAUAUGUGUAAUAUUAGACUGCAAAAAAUUGGAAUGAGAAAUUGUUCAAACAAUGCAAUUCUGUUGUCUGUGAUAUUCAUUCUCACAGUCAUGAUUGGAUACACAUUUGAUCAUCACGUGAUCAAUGCUUCUUUCUCUCACAAAUCUUGGAAUCACUGUCAUUAAUACCUAAACGGACCAAUUCCUGGGGUUGAUUGUGCUUUUUGUAUUACCGAGGAAGAUAAUUAAUCUCAAUUUGGAGUAUAUAUAUUCACCUCUGUAAAUGAAUAUAUAAAUAUGCACAAUGUUAGAAAGAGUCCCAGAGGUCUAAGGAUGUCUAAUGAGCCUAUAGAUGUCAUAAAUACUAGGACACAAUGUUGAUGUCUUCAUAACAUUUUACAGAAUACAGAAGGAAAUAGAUAAUACAUGGUAUUUCAUAUAGAAUGUUUUUAUUUUCUCUGGUUUAAAAAUAUCAAGGCUAUGUUAUUAGUAUUAUGAGUAAUAGAACAUUUAUCUUUAAAAUGUACUGUAGGUAUGUGGAUGUUAGCUUGUGAUGUGAUCAGCUGGCAUUCUUAAUGCUUUGUGAGUGAUUUGUUCUAAUGUUUUGGGUAUUCUUUUUUACAUUAGACUUUUGGAAGUUACCCAUCUUGAAUUUAUUUCUUACAUUUUUGUUAUAGCAUUUUAACGUGAUAAACAAUUUUUAUGUUCGCUUGCUUACUUAUCGACUGAUGUCUUCCACCCUCUUUAAAAGCAUAAAUGCAGUACUUGAAAUCUGAAAUCAGUCAGGGAGGUGGUUACUGCAUUUUUCCAAAUACCAGAGAAACUCAUUAAAAUGAAAUCAGUGGUAAUUCUGGUUCUUAUGGUUAGUCGUGAACUCGUCAACAAUAAGAAUACAUUAUAUCAUAAAAUAAUAUUGAACUACAGAAAUAUUAAAGUGAACAAUAUAAUAACGUAGGCUUACUUCACACACUUUGAAAUACAAACACUACUUUACAAAUUAAGUCGUGGAUAUAUAAUGCCUAUUUCUAUUGCAUUGUUUGGUAUUUGGAAAGCUACACCUACUGAAUUGUGUAAGAAACAAUGUUCAAAUAAUUUAUUUCUUCUGGGGGAAAUAAAUAAAGCCCUUCUCUUCAAGGCAUCGACACGAUCGAAACUGAA